AAGAUAUAGUAGUCUCAAGAUUUUGUAGUUCAUUUUUUAUUUAAGUAUUGAUAAUCUAGAAAGUAUUGACCUUAGUUUAUUACAUACAAAUUCUAUAUGAGGACCCCACGUAAAGUUAUUGUCUAUAAUUAUCCCAAGGUACAUAUGUUCUUUCACAACAUCCAGUGGUGUACAGUUUGUGCUGUUAUGACUUGUACUAUUGAGUUGACAGUCGUGACAGUGGGCUAAUAUCAAAGGUUUAUAUGAAGAUUUGUUAUGAGGGGAUUCUAUGCACAUUAACUUGGUUUUUUGCGCAUUAAUGGCUAAACCAACAUCGUGAGACCAUUGACACAUAGAGUCAAAGUUUUCUUGAAGUUUUCUUUCUGCUAUUUUAAUAUCAGUGUCAGCCACAACUAUACACGUGUCAUCAGCAAACUGGCAUACGGAACCGUGUUUGAAUAACCUGCACAUAUUGUUUACACAUAUAAGGUAUUCAUUCAUUGCGAUUAUCGAGCCCUGAGCAGUUCCUCAAUCAGUUACAAUAUUGUUACAGUAGUCGGUUCCAAUCUUAACUCUUGUAUUUCUAUGUGUGUGGUAACUUUUUAAUAACUCUAGCAAGGGGCCUCGAAUACCAGUCUGCUCAAAUCUUUUAUAUCUGAAGUCAAUGAAAAUAACGAGCACAUGAAGUUUAUUAUUCAAAUGGUCAUUAAUUUCAUUUGCAAAUUGACACAAUAAAUGAGAGGUACUCUUUCCUUUUUGAAAUCCGAACUGUUUUUGAUGUAUGAUAUUGUUUUGUUUUAAAAAAGUGCUUAUUUCAUCGGCAAUAUACCUCUCAAUUAUUUUGUCGAUGCAAGAUAAUAUUGUGAUAGGAUGGUAGUUAUUACAAUUGCCGUGGUCACCUUUUUUAUAAAUCGGUCUAACAAUACCUAUUUUUAAAUCAUCCGGGUACUUGGAGGUUGCAAUAAGACCUUAAGACCGUUGAUUACGCAGAGUUUAUCAUAUUGACAAAAGUGUUCUGUGUAUUGACUUAAGACUUUGAUCAGCAUGGUUGAGUUCCGACUGGCUGGUAAACAUACUUACAAUUUCAUGGGGAGUGAGACAGACCUGGCAUGGUUGAGUUAUGGAUCCACAGCAUAACAACCAACCUGUAAUGUCAAAAUGAGCGAGCUUGUUGUUUUGAUAAAGAAGGUCAUGAAAUUGUUUAAGGCAGGUAGAUUAAAACGCUCAUAACACUAAUGAUUAGAGUGCCAACCAGAAUAGAAGUUGAGCAACAAAGUUGAACAACAUUAUCUAUUUCUAAGACUAGGGUUUGUGUCUUAUUGUGGUGGGUAUGUGAUUAUUUCAAUUUAUAUAAGUGAUGUUGACAUGAACAGUUAAUUAUCAGUGUCAAUUUAUGUUUCUGAUGCUUAGUUAUAUAUAAUUUAUGUUUUAAAUUUGUAUGUCUCAAAGAAUUAAUUAAUCUGUUAGGUCUGGGUAAUGUGGACUCAUGAACUAUUUUAUAUAAUUACCCCCUUAUUCAUAAUGGUCCGCUAACUUAAAAUAGCCGCUAAGGAGUGUUUUUUCUCAUUCUGACUUAGGUCAAUAGAAUAAGAGACAGAGUGAGAAUUAGCAAUGUUUUAAGUUAGCAGACUAUUAUGAAUAAGGGGGUUAAUGUCUAUUCACUACUGUACACCUAUUUUGUGAGAAAACACUGUGUGUUUGACAUUUGAAUAUCUUGACAGGUGUGUGUAGAGCUCUUACCCUGUUUUUCUUCAUUAUUAGAGUAUCAAAUAAACAUACAUAUGAAAUCGUAAAACCAAUAUCAUAUUGGUACUGUAGCAAGGUAUCAUUUUUGUGUUUCAAAUUAUAUACAUUUGGUGUUUUAUAAAGUAGGCAACAUUCUCGGGAUUCCUUUUUUUUUACAAGACUGUAUUGGUUGAGGUUUCACAUACCAAUACCAUCAUAUUAUGAGUUCUAUGUGUAUAUGUUUGUUUAAACUUUAUCUCAGAGAACUGCUAUAAUUUUGUUUUCAUUUUUGUUUCCAGGAUAUAUGUGAUAUGUCUGUCUACAUGUGCUACAUGUGUAAAUCUAUGUUACAUAAAUGCUAUAAACUAAUGAUACAAGCCAGCAAAGCACAAGAAAUAAUGAAAGAGUACUUGGAUACUAAGGUACUGCCCACAUCACUACAUCAAGAAUUUUAUAAUCUGUCUGUAAAUCACAAUAAUAAAGUUGUGAACAUGAAUGAAUUACAAGAGGAACUGUUUAUAAAACAGGAGAUUAAGGAGGAGCUAGUGGAGAUAGAAUUGGAGUUAGAAGAAGAAACACCUGUGAAACCUGAUCAAGACUUCAACACUAGUGACAAGAAUGACAUUAUAGAUGAAAAACACACUAAAGAAAAGGUUUACUCCUGUAACGUUUGCGGUGAAACAUUUGGUAGAUCAUCAGAUUUUGAAAUACAUUAUAGAAUACACAAAGGAGGGAAGCCUUAUUCAUGUAAUACUUGUGAAAAAAGCUUUAAUCGAAAGGAUAGUUUACAGAAUCAUUUAUUAACACAUUCAGAUGAGAGACCUUUUUCAUGUAAUAUUUGUGGUAAAAGUUUCAAUCUAAGUAGUAGUUUAAAGGCGCACAGUAUCAUACAUACAGGAAAAAAACCGUAUUCAUGUGACCUUUGCAGUAAAAGCUUCAAUAACAGUGGUAGUUUGACGAAACAUAGUAAGAUGCAUGCCGGAAUUAAACCAUAUUCUUGUAAUAUUUGUGGUAAAUGCUUUGACCGUAAUAGUUCUUUGAAAGUACACACUACAAUACAUACAGGAGAGAGACCUUAUUCUUGCAAUGUUUGUGGAAAAAGCUUUAGUCACAAUUCCAACUUAAAGAGACAUAAUUUGACACAUACAGGACAGAGAGAGUUUGCUUGUAAUGUGUGUGGUAAAGGCUUCAAUUCGAGUAGUAAUUUGAAGAAACACAGCUUAACACAUACGGGAGAAAAACCGUAUUCCUGUAGCAUUUGUGGAAAAAGUUUCAAUCAAAAUGCUGCUUUGAAGACGCAUAGUACAACACAUUUACUAGAAAAACAACAUGCUUGUAUUGUUUGUGGUAAAGCUUUCAACACUGAAAUAAAUUUGAAAAAACACAACAUGGUGCAUUUAGAAGAAAAACCCUGAAAGAAUUUGUGGUAAAAGAUUCAAGCUAAAAUAUUAAUUGAAGAAUCAUAAUAGAAAACACACAAAAACCGAAUCGGUGGUGCAAUAAUGAGAACCAUUGACUACAAUACGUACAGUAUACUGUGGUAUUACAAUAUUACACCAAAAAUAUUUCACCAAAAGAUGGUUUAUGGUGGUGUAGCAAAUUAAUGAAAAAUAUUUAUUUAUACCGUGGUAUUACAAUAUUGAACAAAUUGAAUUAAACUUAAAAGUAAGGUGUCGAUCACAGUGACUUUCACGAUUGUACAUAUAUGAUAUUAUAUUAGUAUAGUUUUAAGUUGUAUUGAGAACAUAUAUAAAUAAAUUUGUUUUUGUUUAAAUUUU